AUGGAUUUGAAAUCCCUUUCAAGCAUUGAUACUUCAACACUGACGGAAAGGGUUUUAGAUUUGCUGGAGAAAAAGAAUACUAACCACUCUCAGGAAUUAACGGAUGUUCUGAAUACUGUUAGGAACAUAAACGAUCAAUUUGGUCGAGGAACACAAGAGGAUAGUUACGAAUUGUUAAAUACGUUACUGGGAGGAUUAUUUGAUGAACUCCGAACUGUUAGUGAAAAUGGAACAUUGCAAUCAGCAGAUUAUGACUCUGAUCAAAAUGGUAUAAGUGUAAAAAAUCUGUUCACCGGGUUUUUCAUAACCAUCUACGUUUAUGAUUCCUGUUGUGACGUUGAGGUUGACUUUGAGGAAUUUACAACUUUAAGCAUUCCAAUUAUUGAAGAGCUGGAACGUAAUUUCGAUAAAUUACCACAUCAUGGUUUACAAACAAUUUCUUCGGAGGAACCACAAAACGACAUUGAAAAGGGUUUAGCAGACUUGAUACAGAUAGAAGACUAUGAUGAGAGUAGUCUCUCCUGUCGAAUUUGCAAUAUAGAGGGAUCAGGAAAAGCUUACAGACGAAUGUUGGUGUUUCAACCUCCUCCUGUUCUUGUGAUACACAUAAACAGAUUUAAAAUGAAUGAUUUCAACAACCUUACCAAAGACACAACAUGUGUACGGUAUCCUAGGAGAUUCAAUAUGGCCAAGUUUUGUUCAGUUGCAAACACAGAACUCUCAACGAAAGAUUUGAAUUACGAACUGUAUGCCGUAAUUGUUCACUCUGGUGCCCUAUGGGGUGGUCAUUAUUAUGCAUACGUUAACACCACACGGAAACAUGACGUUAAAAAGUGGCAAGAACAUCUCAAUAGAUCGACAGGAGAUUUGGAAGAAUUAAAAACUAGAGUAGAAGAUUUGUUGAGGGAAAAGCGUGAUCAGCAAGAUGAUUCGGGAUACUUGGAUCGAUGCAACGUUAGGGAUAACUGGUUUUAUGUGAGCGAUGAUUAUGUUCGUUCGGCGAAUGCCGGUGAAGCUCUAUGCCAUAAGGACGCCUAUAUCUUAUUUUACGAAGUGCAAUAAUUGU